UGACGUAUUGGGCUUCACUCUGAUGACAGCCAAAUUGCUGCUGUAGCAGUACUAAUAGAACUGGUCAGCGAGAUAAAGAACAGCGGCAGUACAAGGGAUUUUCAUUCCAUCCAGCAGGGCAACUUGAUAGAAACUCCUGCAGCCCUGUGUUUAUGUAAGGUGUUCAGUGGAACAAAUCCUCUUUUACUGUACUGAACCGUAAACAAAUGUGGAAUCUUCUUUGAGAUAGGUUCUAACAAACCAACGACAUGUAUGGUAUGUUACUGGAAAGCAUUCAGUAUUUCAUUCAGUCCAGUUACGGGGAAGACAAAUGGAUGAUGGUCUUGGAGCAUGCUGGGAUGAAAAACGAAGUCUUCUCAACGCACACAGUUUACCCUGACAACAGCAUGCAUAACAUUGCCAGUGCAUGUUCAGAAGUUCUGAAAGACGGAACAGUGGAUGAAUAUUUGCAAUACUUUGGCAAGUGCUUUGUAAAAUUUUUCAGCCAUUAUGGUUACGACAAGAUUGUCCGUGUCUCAGGAAGAUACUACUGUGAUUUCUUACAUGGCAUUGAUAACUUACACGAGAUGCUCAGGUUUGGAUUCCCAAAACUCAUCACACCUUCGUUCUGUGUGGAACAGAUUGAUAAAAAAGGGUGUGUAUUAAACUAUGUGACCAAGAGGUUUGGUUUCACUCACUAUGUGGUUGGUCAGCUUCAAGCAAUUGGAAAGAAAUUUUAUGGUUUGGAUGUUGAUGUUAAAGUAAUAUCAGAAAAAAAGACCUCUCCCAGGGGGCUACAUGUAAAGUAUCGCCUCAAUUUUGAGAACAGCGUGUAUUGUGAAGCCAAGUCAAUCAGCAGUAUAAGGCAGUUGCCUAAAGAUUUGGCCUUCGUGAGGAGUGAUAUUUUUUUCAAGGUGUUUCCGUUUAGUCUGGUGUUUGGCUGUGAUAUGGUAGUAACCAAAAUAGGACGAUGUCUUCAGAAAUUGUUUCCGGGAGAUGGUCUGGUCGACCAACCUGUCUCAAGUGUGUUCAAACUCAGGAGACCUAUCAUGGCAUUUUCUUGGGAAAAUGUCUUACUAAAUGACCAGAAGUUAGUGUUUGAGCUGGAGAGUCGUGAUGCUGUACACAGGCACUGUAAGCACACGACAUCGUGCACGUGCCCGUCCAGGACGGCCUCGCAACAUCUCCUGCUGAAGGGCCAGAUGAGGUACAUCGAGGACUGGAAGGAGGUGGUCUACCUCUGUUCUCCUAUGCUUAGCAAUCUUACUGAGAUGCAAGGUUUGGGUCUGUUUAUCAAUGAUCUCAACAUGUUUGACAGCAGCCGAGACAUGGUCAUAGCAGGGGCACAACAUGCAUCUAAGAUAGAAAUGGCUUUAGAGAGGCAAGUUGAAGAGGUGGAACACAUAACGGAUAACAUGAAGAAAUUGGAUGAAUGGAAACAGAAGUCGGAGUCUCUGCUGUACUCUAUGAUCCCAAAGUCUAUAGCUGUUCGGCUGAAGAAUGGGGAGGACCCCAUUAACACAUGUGAGGUGUUUGACUCUGUGACCAUAGGCUUCAGCUACCUUAUUGGGUUCACAGAGGUAUGUGCACAUGUCAGCGCCAUGGAGUCUGUCCAAGUGAUCAAUAGUGCCUUCACUCUGUUUGACAGUGUCAGUGACAAAUACAAAGUUUUCAAAGUGGAGACCCUGGGUGAUGCUGUCUACAUGGUAGCAGGGGGAGUGCCUGACAGAGAGCCCAACCAUGCUGCUAAUGUGGCACACUGUGUGUUAGAACUGCUAGAGAAAGUGAAAACACUAAGGAACCCGGACAAACCAGGAAAUCAUUUUCUACUAAGAGCUGGCAUGCACACAGGGGGUAUAGUGGCAGGUGUGGUGGGUAAGAGGAUGCCUCAAUACUGUCUAUUUGGUGAUACUGUCAACACAGCAGCUAGGAUGCAAACACAUGGAGCAGCUGACCAGAUCCAUGUAAGUGAGACCUGUAAGCGCUGCCUGGAUGCCACAGAGUUCAACAUUAUACCCAGGGGUACUGUCAGUAUAAAAGGUAAAGGCACAAUGAAUACAUACUGGCUGGCUGGGGUUAAGAAUGGCAGUACAGACAAAGAAGAGGCAGACAACACCCUGAAGUCACAUCUUGAAGUGGCAGGAAAAAAGGAACUCCAGAGGAAGAGUUCAUUCCCAGGAUUUGAUCUUCAUGCCUUAACCCACGCCAAAAGCUGCUCAAACAUGAAUCACACAAAUGGAGUUGAUCACGAAUACAUAAUAAAAGAGAAAAAUAAAGCUCCUCUGCAAACUGCGCGGGGCAGCAUGGCAUAGGAGACAAGGAGGAUCAAAGCUGAUGCAUGAAGUGCCACAAAGAGAGAGCCCUAGGCAUAGGUAUCCUGGGUCCAGGUUGUCUCAAAAGGCAAAACCAUCUACUUAUCCAUUUCCACUUGACUGUUAAGUAUUUUGGCUGAAGGUUACCUGGGUAUCUAGGAAAAUGAGAUUACCUUCAGCUGGAACAAAACUCAGGGUAGGCAUGGGGAAAUUUUGUCAAAUUACAAAAUUGAAUGGAGAUAUUCUGAGCAGAGAAUUGAGCAAAGGACAACUGGGCAAAUAUGGCCUUGAUGGAAAAAAGGACAAGAAAAAUGUAGUCAAUCAUCUCCUAUAGAUAUAUUUCUACCUACACUUGUGUCUUUCACGGAUGACAAUGGUCAUCCUUUUCCACUGUAGUGCAUUUAAUGAAUGUUAAGGGAAACACUUAAUAAAUUUAAAUCUAACAAUAAUCCCAUCAUGUUAACCAAGUGGGACUAGUCUAACUUGGACAGGAGACAAGAAUUUUCAGCUGGCAUACACUAACAAUUACUUGACAACUGCUGCAAAUGUCAACAAAGUUAUAAAUAUAAUGGCAUUAAAUUAUAUCAAGUGUUAGUUAAAGUGUUGAGAAUUAAGUAAUAACAGAAGCUGAAAUGAAAUGUACCACUGAUCUCAUCAGUCGUUUUUU